AUGAAGCUUUACAGCUUUGGAGUCCUUAUUGCCAUUGUCCUUGUUUGGAAGCAGCAGGUCUCUGCAUUUCAGAGUGGCCAGGUUUUAGCUGUUCUUCCUAGAACUUCUAGGCAAGUUCAAAUUCUGCAGAAUCUGACAACAACAUACAAGGUUGUUCUUUGGCAGCCAGUAACAGCUGAGUUAAUUGCAAAGCAAAACGAAGUCCAUUUUUUUGUGAAUGCAUCUGAUGUAAGCAAUGUGAAAUCCCUUUUAAAUGAGAGUAGAAUUCCAUUCAGUGUCUCCAUAGAAGAUGUGGAAGAACUUAUUCGACAGCAAACUUUGAACGACACGGUCAGCCCCCGGGGAGCCUCAUCAUACUAUGAACAAUAUCACUCCCUCAAUGAAAUCUAUUCUUGGAUGGAAGUUAUAACUGAGAACUAUCCUAACAUGGUUGAAAAAAUCCACAUUGGAUCUUCAUUUGAGAAACAUCCACUUUAUGUCUUAAAGAUUUCUGGAAAAGAACAAAGAGCCAAAAGUGCCAUGUGGAUUGACUGUGGACUCCAUGGCAGAGAAUGGAUCUCUCCUGCUUUCUGCUUAUGGUUUGUCGGUUAUGUAACUCAGUUCUAUGGGAAAGAUAAGCUAUAUACCAAUCUCCUGAAGCACAUGGAUUUCUAUGUUAUGCCAAUAGUUAAUGUGGAUGGUUAUGACUUCACAUGGAAAAAGGAUCGAAUGUGGAGAAAGAACCGUUCUUUUCAUGGAAAUAGUUUUUGCGUUGGAACAGACCUGAACAGGAACUUUGCCUCCAAACACUGGUGUGAGGAAGGUGCAUCAAGCUUACCAUGCUCAGAAGUCUACUGUGGACUUUAUCCUGAGUCGGAACCAGAAGUGAAGGCAGUGGCUGAUUUCUUGAGAAGGAACAUCAACCAAGUUAAAGCUUACAUCAGUAUACAUUCAUACUCCCAGACCAUCAUAUUUCCAUAUUCUUAUAGUAGAACCAAAACCAAAGACCAUGAGGAACUGUCGCUGCUGGCUAGUGAAGUGGCCCGUGCUAUCCAGCGUACGAGUAAAAAUGUCAUAUACAAACAUGGCAGAGGUUCAGAAAGUUUAUACCUUGCUCCAGGAGGUGGAGAUGAUUGGAUCUAUGACUUGGGCAUCAAAUACUCAUUUACAAUUGAACUUCGAGACAAAGGCAAAUAUGGAUUCUUGCUGCCAGAGAGUUUCAUUAAACCCAGUUGUACAGAAGCUCUCACUGCUGUGUCUAAAAUAGCUUGGCAUGUCGUCAGGAAUGUUUAA